AUGUAUUUAACAAAUGUCGUACUAUCAAUCAAUCGUACUAAUAAGCAAAAAAUUUUGAACAAGCAGUCAGGUUUCUUCGCGAGCCUUGGCUGGAGCUCGGACGGGGCGAGGCGAAUGUCACGCGUCACAGCCAAUGAAGUUCCAGCACCGUUGACGCCUCAACGGCGGGCGAGACUUCAUUGCCCCUCCCGUCACGGAGGCAGGAACAACAACAACAAUAACAACAACAACAACAACAACAAUAACAGGUCGAUCGGCAGCGUGUCCGUUUCGGGACUCGAUCGUCGACACAAUUGCUCGAGAUGCGGGAAGAGCUACAAGAACGCUUAUAUAUUGAAGAGGCAUUUGUUGUACGAGUGCGGCAAAGCGCCCUCCUUCAAUUGUCCCCAUUGCACGUUUAGCUCCAAAUACGAGAGAAAUUUGAAGGCGCAUAUUAAUCACCGCCACGUGGCCUCGCAGUCGGCCGAUGACAAGGGCCUGUAUUACGUGAAAGACGCGAGGCUUGGAUUCCAGAACUUGCCAAACCAGGUCUCGAUUUAUAACCAGAAGAAGCACGUAUGUAAUUGCGGCAAGGUGUACAGUCAAAAGAGUUCGCUCGAUCGACAUCUACGGUACGAAUGCGGAAAGACGCCAAACGUGCCGUGUCCGCAAUGCGGAAAAAUGUUUAAACACAGGCAUCACGUGACGCAGCAUUUGGCGAAAUCAAUGUGGCAACAACUGGCGCAUAAUCGACAACGAUCGAGAACGCGUCAAGGGAAGGAAAAUGCGAAGCAAUGUAACGAAACGAGAUUUUUCUGCGAGUCUUGCGGGAAAUCGUACAAGUGGAAGGAGUCUCUGCUUAAGCACAAGCGCGUGGAAUGCGGAAAAUUGCCGCAAUUCAGUUGCGAGGUUUGCGGAUACCGAUUCAUGCACAAGCAUCAUUUGGUCAAACAUAUGGCUGCGAUUCAUCGAAUGUCUCCUCCGAGCGGGGCGGCUAUCACGUCGUCCAGUUCUUGCUCGAGAAACAGAUAUUCAUCACCGAAACCAUUUCCGUGCGACAAGUGCGAUAGGGCGUACAAGAACAAGAGCAGCCUGACACGCCACCAGAUCGUCGAGUGUGGUAAACUGCCUCAGUUCAUCUGCAGAACUUGCAACAAGGGAUUCAAGCAAAAGGGAUGGGCCACGAUGAUAAGACGCGACAACAAGGGAAACUACGCGCUCUACCAGUGCGGGAUGUGCGGUAAAUCGUACUCUUGGAAGUCGUCUUACCAUCGACACUUGCGGGAGGAGUGCGGCAAGCAGCAAAGGGCGAAAUGCAAAAAUUGCGGGAGGCAGUAUCGUUGGAGGGAUUCGUUGAACAAACACUUGAAAUACGAGUGCGGCGUGGAGCCCAAGUACACGUGCUCGGUUUGCGGGAGAAAAUUUCGUCACAAGCAGGUGCUCACGUCCCAUUUGAGGAAAUUCCAUUGA